GCCUUUGCUCUUUCACUGCUGGCGACGAUUAUUACAGUCUGCUUCGUAUCACGCCCUGCAGGAGAAGCGGCGACAUCAUACUUGCGUCAUCGUACCAUCACAGAAGAGACGACGAGCCUCUGGCACUGGAUAUUGAGGACAGCACCGAUCCUCGAGGACAAGCUUGCCCGAUCAAGUCCCAUUCCAGUACAACGCCCAACAACAAACACCUAAAAAACAAACGGAGCCUUAUUUCAGUGAAUACAUCCUGCAUAUACCUUUGUUUACACGGUCAUGCUCCCUUCCAUCUCCCAUUCCCACCCAACACCAUCCGCAGAUGCCGUUUCUUCUUCUGCGUCCUCAUCUCGUUGGACGCCUUCCUCCAACACAGACCCUCCAGACGUCUCGGUACGCUCCUCAUCAGACCGGGAACUGUCUGGUACUCCUUCGGGAGGUCGAAGAAUACGCACGCGAUACACUGCCAACACCUUUUUUCGAGACGAGGUACUCAGUAUUCCCGGGUAUCAGUUUAGUAAAGCGUAUAGGUGGGAAGACGUCGGUAGCACCACCCUUCUUACGCAGGGUGUCAACCUCAAGGAUGGCAGCAACGUCUUCGCCAAGAUGGCUAUGGCUCAUACAGCUGGGGCACUAGCGCUCGAUAGGGAGUUUAAUAUAUUGAAGAUGCUUUCCCAGGACCCGGAGGCUGUUGGCAAACUCCUUCGUGUCCUAGACUAUUUCGUCGUUCCCCGCCUCAACGGCGACAUGACCGUGCUCCUCCUUUCCCAUCCGGGGGAAAAUAUCCUCUCUCAGUACAUACCACCGUCGAAACUGAACGCUGUGCUCUUCCCUCAAAGAAGACAAGGGGAGGAGAAUGAAGAAGGGGUAUGGGACGAGCAGGCGCAUACGAUGCCCAUGGAGCUCGUCACCUUCCUCGAGUUCGCAGUGCAAGCAACCCAGUGCCUCGAAGCCGUCCAUAGCCGCGGAUUGAUCCACCGCGAAGUUCGGAUCAACGCAUUCCACUAUUCCUCCUCUGGUCGGGUCCGACUCGCUCACUUCGGAAACCGCUCUGCAUCGCUCGAAUCGCUCGGUGGACCAUCCGGCCUGGUUCUCCAGUCAGAGGAUCGCGAUUGGGCCAAGGCGAAGGAGGCGAUGAGCUACAUGCCCCCCGAGCAGAUCAACAACAGUGCGACGAUCGUCGACCGGGAAGACCAUCGGACAGAUCUCUACGCCCUUGGUGUGGUGCUAUGGAUUUUGCUCAGCGGGCAGGGCAUCCUUCCCUUCGAGGGGGGUGUGCGCGAGUUUGUCAGCAUCGUACGUCAACAACGUCCGCUCAGAAUUCACGAAGUGCGGAGAGACGUACCGAAGGUCAUCUCAGAUAUGAUCGACAAACUUCUUUCUAAGGACCCAGAGGACAGAUACUCGAGUGCUAUUGGGCUCAAACACGACUUCCUCCAAUGCCAGAAAUGGCUGAACAUCGCUAGCACCACGAGUCAGAGUCUUUCCGCCGAGCUCAUUCCUAAGUUUGAGCUUGGGAGACAAGAUAAAUACCUCGAGUUCACGAUGCCGCACGCUCUCUUCGGCAGAGAAAAGGAGGUCGAGGUCAUACAUGCUGUCAUACAUGCUGCUGCAAGUGGCGGUGGCUCGCACUUCUCUGGAUCGAGACAUUCUCUCGCCCUCUCCGCAGCGCCCAGCACGCUCAUUGCUGCUAUGGCAGGGAAUGGAAUCGAAGAUGAGGAAGGGGGUGACUCGCGCUCCCAUUCUGGGAAGAGUGAAAGCACGCACAGUGUCCCCCCCGGAGGGGGUUUCAACAGGCACAAUAGUGCCAGCGCUGGGGACAUGAAGCGCACGCUCACACCGCAGGAACACGCUGUCGGCUCGGCCAUCUCCUCCGACGCCCUGGACAAGCUUGUACGCGAGGAGCGAACUUCAGCGGGGACGAGUGGGACAGGGACUGGCGCAAGCAGCCUAACAGGCGAAAACCUACGACGGAUCCCCAAGCUCUUCCGGCGCAAGAUGAAGCCUCCUGGGCGAAGCUUCGCUGUUGUUGUCCAAGGCCCCGGAGGGAUGGGAAAGUCUUCCCUUGUUAUGGAGGCGAUGCCCUUCUGGAGACAGGAGGGUGGGCUCUGGGGCUCAGGCAAGUGCUCACACGCGGAUUCCACACCCUACGGCCCUGUGUUUUCCUGCCUCUCAAGUGUCCUGCAGCAAUUAUCCAGCGUCUACUCGGAUGAGACUUUUGAAUUCGUUGAGAAGCUCCGGAACAGGCUCGGUGCGAACUUUAGGAACGUACAGCUUCUGUUUAACACUGCCCCCGAAUUGAAGGGCAUCUUGGCUCUACACGAUGUUACCUCCUUUGCAGAAGUGCACUCGGGGAGCACUGUCGAACUCCGAGCGAGGUUCAUAGACCUCAUGGUGGACGUGUUUGCUGCUUGUUCCGAAAUCCGACACUUGGCUUUGUUCUUUGAUGACUUGCACAAUGCGAACGAAUCCACCCUCGAGGUUGUCUCGGCACUGAUAUCCGCGAAACUACGCAUGAUCGUCUUUGGCACAGUAAGAUCCGAAUCUGAUAUCCGGCUUGAACGGAUCAGGAAAGUAUUUACCAAGUCUACUCGUGCCACUUGGAUCGAGCUGCAUCCUCUGACAACGGACGCCAUGAGCUCCUUCGUUUCCCAGACUCUGCGAGUGCCCCCUGACACAUGCACUAACCUCACGAAACUGGUGCAACGAACUAGUCGAGGGAACCCUUUUGCUGCUCGGAACCUGUUGACUGCAUUACGACGUCAAAAUUACAUAUAUUUUGAUUGGGAGGGAAACCAUUGGCAGUACAAUAUCGACCAAAUUCAAGAUAAGUUUCUCACCGAGCAUUUUUCCCAGUCCGAUCCGGGAGACGUCGAAUUCCUCGUCACACGAAUGCGCGAGUUCCCCGAAGUCAUGCAGCGUUAUGUAGUCUGGGGCUGUUUUUUCGGCCCCGCAUUCAAAAUCACCGAUGUGGCGAUGAUGAUGGAUUGGGAGGAGGCGAACGGGGCUGAUGAUUCGGAUUCGGAUGAACUCAAGUCUAGUCAGAGGUCGAUGCAGGGGUUGCAAAUGGCGCUUGCGGAAGGUUGGCUCGUUCAUCGUGGGAGGGAGACCUGUGCUUUUAGCCAUGAUCGAUUCCGCCAAGCGGCGGUUGCUUUUACUGAGCAGAUGCCGGUAGAUGUCGUCAUGAGCAUGAACCUCAAGAUCGCUCUGGUGCUGUUACAACAAGCGAAUCCGGACUAUUUCCGCGUGGCCGAUUUUGCGAAGCGCAGCAUACCUAUGCUCCCUGACCAUCCCAAGCGCAGCGCAUUCUUUGACGUCUUCCUGCGCGUCAGUAGUCAGGCGACACUCCAAGGGGCGCAUGAAAUGGCACUCGAAUAUUGUCAAUGUGCGCGGCAGUUGUUGUUGGAGGAAGCGUGGAACGAGGAUAAUCGGGAAACGACCCUCUCACUUCUGCUCAAGACUGCAGAGUUGAUGACCUGGACUGGGGAUAACUGGUCUUCUGACCAAUUACUCAAUGAGAUAUUACAACAAACAGUCUCCCCCGAAGACGUAGGUGAGGUUGCGAGGUUACAAGCGAGGAAUUGUUGGAAGAGAAACGACUUUCGCGAUGGACUGACCAAAACGCUGCAUGGUCUGCGAGCGUUAGGUGUGGAGUUGGAAGAACACGUCUCUGAGGAACAAAUAAACGCUAUAUACGAGCGUGUCCGUUCCCAAAUUCUCGAGACUGGAUUUGACCAAAUCCUUGCCUUGCCUCACUGUUCCGACCCAAAAGUCGAGCUCAUGGUCUCACUCCUCAAUGAUACAAGCAUUAACGCGCAUUGGGCACAAGGCCAGGGAUUGACCGAUGUUGUAGGACUUAAAAAUAUCGAACUGAGCUUAAAACAUGGGAUCUCCACUGGUAGUCCUGGAGGAUUUAUGUGGGCUCUGGGUGUCGCAGCGGAACGCAAGGCACACUUCAGAUUCGGGCAGCAGAUGGGCAAACUAGCGAUGCAACUUGCGGCCAAGCACUCUGUGAUCGGUGACAGAGCCAAUAUGAGGUCAUUGUGGGCUCUGGGUGUCGCAGCGGAACGCAAGGCACACUUCAGAUUCGGGCAGCAGAUGGGCAAACUAGCGAUGCAACUUGCGGCCAAGCACUCUGUGAUCGGUGACAGAGCCAAAUAUGAGGUCAUGUAUAUUACAUUGGCCUCGGGAUGGGAAACUGAGCACAUUCGAGCCAACCUCGCUAGAACAGAGUCUGCACUACGACUGUCCCGAGCAGCCGGUGACCGGAUUUACGCAAGCCUAGCGACUCUCUUCAACGUACAGACUCAGUUGUUCACAUGCCGUCACUUGAGCGAACUAGUUACGUCUUGCGAGGAUGCCUAUCAAGACGUCACCACAUGGAUUUCAGGAAACAACACGGAAAUUCUCGUCAUGGCUAUCUUGAUGUGUGCUCGGGCCUUUGGAGGGUAUACUGUCAACACGAAGCUUGAGGACGCCCUCGACUGUGAAGAGUUCAUCGAAUCGGAAUAUCUUGAGAACGUCGUCAUGCAAUCCGCCAAUGUUCCGUUUGUCCUGAACUGGUACAAUGCUUUCAAGGUCGUUGCGUUAUACAGCCUUGGAUACUGGUCGCGGGCUGCGGAGCUCGGAUUCCAGAUAUACGAGUCUCGCAAGUGGCACCCCAACUAUCGCCAUGUUCGCUUCGGGUUAACGUUUCACUCUCUGGCGAUGAUACAAUGCCUCCGCGAUCGUCAUAUUGAUCCUGCCGACCGAGCGAAGUACUUGGAGCAAAUCCGAAGCAAUCAGGAGUACGUCAGAAAGUGGGCUCAAGCAUCACCAAAGAACACAAUGCAUUGGAUUGCUCUCGUGGAUGCUGAAUUUGCGUCGCUCACUGAAGGAGCUGACGCAUUGAAGCUAUAUGACGUCGCCAUUAAGGUCGCCUCAGACAAUGACUGGAUCUUGGAAGAGGGGUGGGCCUUGUACUUAGCUGGCUCUCAUUUCAUCCGAUGUGCCAUGGUGAGCUUUGGGAGCGAAAUGCAGCGUCGUGGAAUCGGUCGACAAAACCAAUGGGGCGCGCUUGGCAUUGUCAGCUCGAUGGAGAAAUCCUGCGAGAAGUCGGAUUCUAUAUUCAAGAGGGCUGUGACGGUGGACGUGGGCACUCAGACGGAACAGAUUGAUCCCAUCCCUCGCUCUGCAUAUCUGGCGUCUC